AUGAGAAUAAAACAGGAGUUAGAAGUUGGUACUGCUACAGAUUUCAAUUUUGUUCCUCCAAAUCAUAAUCAUAAUCAUUCUCAUCUGCAAAAUAAUUCACAACAAAAUAUGUAUGCAUAUAGCUAUCAGACUCAGUCUGAUAAUGAAUCCUUGUCUAUACCACAAUAUCCAAAUAUAAUGAGUAUACCGGAAGAUCCUGUUCCAUUUCCACAGUCUUUCAAUAUUACAGCAUCACAACCAACAGCAUUUCCACCACCACAAACUCAAUUUUACCAACAACAUAGUUAUUCACAACCUGAACUGCAACAUAUUUCACAAUUUGAUAAUGAUUUGUUACAUGAUAAUAAACAAGAAGAAGAAAUAACGAUAGAGAGUUUAUUAGAAGAUGAUCCUUUAUUAUCAUUUACAACCACUUUAGAUAGACAAGAAUCAAAUGAUACAAUUUUGCAAAGUUCAUCUCCUAUAAAAGAACCUAUGGAACCUAUGGAACCAUCACAACAUGAUAUGGAGCCCCUCAAUUUGAAUCAAGGGAAUAUACAACAGAACUUAACUGUGAAUACAACUACUACAGAUUCUACAUCACCUUUAUUUAACCAAACAACAACACCAUUGAAUAGUUUCCCAACCCCGGCAAAUUCAACACCAAGUACGGUUCCUCCACUUACACAAUCACCAAAUGGAUCACAAUCACAGUUUCAGAAUUUCCCUGUUCAAAUUCCAUCUUCACAGUCUUUCCAACCACCACAAGCUCAAUUUAUGACUUUUUCAAAUAAUAGUAAUAGUUCAUUAUCUCAAUCAAGUGAUGAAGCUUUGCCGGUGAAUAACAAAACUCAACAAUCUAAAUUGUCAACUUCUUCGUCAUCAUCAUCUCAAUCACAAUUAUCAAAUUCAAGUCAACAAAUUCAACCUCAAAUACCAACAACUCCAACUUUUAGAGUACAACUUCAAAAUACUAAUGUUUUCCAUCCAUACCAACAGCAGCAAGCACAAUUUCAAAUUCAACAACCUACAAAUGUUGGAUCUAAUGCGCCAGCUCCUUCUUUCCAAUCUCAACAACAACAGUUUUUCAUAUCUCGUCCAAGUUUACCACAACAUUCACAAUCAGAGAUUCAACUACCUUCAAGAUUCAAAGAAGUAACAUCUAUGUCUGGAAAGCAAAAAAGAAAACAAUCAUCUAAAAGUUCUACACCAAUAACUUCAACUUCAUCAAAAGAUAUGAAAUUACCUCCUACACCACCUGCACAAAAGAUUCAACCUCCACCACUGAAUAAGUCAAGUUCAACUACAAAGCUGAAUAGAGUUAAGAAAUCAUCGGUAUCUGGUCCAAGUACAAGUACCUUGAAGCUUAAAAAGUCCAAAAGUUUCUUGAAUACAACACCUGUUAAAGAACCAGGUCCAAUGUUUGCAACUUUAGAUUUUUCAAAAAAGAUUCAUAAUAAUUCAACAAAUAUAGUUAAUGCUAAAGAAUCAAAACUUUUGAAGAAUCAUAGCUCUAAUGGUCUACAUAAUGGUCUGAAGGGGAAUGUUAUCAAAAAUUAUGAAUUUGUUAUGGAACCUGGUCGUGAAAAAAUCAAAGGUGGAUCAGCUUCAAGCAGUGUUAAAUCUACUCCUAGAAGACCAUCAAACGUUGGUACACCAACAUCGGCCACUUCAAUGAAGUUUCCAAAACUUCCUAAACCUCCGCCAAUUGAACCAACAUCAUUCUCUAUUUAUUCACCAUCAAAUACAAAUUCAUCACCAACAGGAUCGGAUGCUUCAGGUCAUUCACCAUUGACUUCUGCACCUGCACAAUACCCUUUUAUAAAUCAAUCACCAAUACCUUCCACUAUAAGUCGUUUUGAUUCAAAUGAUUCAACAAGCUUCACAGCUGAUCAAUUCCUGUUUGGAUCUGCUAAUAGAAAGUCAAAAAGAUCAUCAAUAUCUCAACAUUCACCAGAAAAGGAUCAAUCACCAACAGUUAAAUCUGGAAUUAAUGAAUUUCAAUUUAGAAUUAAUAAAUAA